AUCCCAUAAUCCACCACUUACAUGCAAGGGAUCGCGCUACGAAAGUCAACAUGUCGGAGGAAAAUAAGGAGGUAAAGCCCGAAUCGGAACACAUCAACCUGAAAGUGAUGGGUCAGGACAACACAGAAGUACAUUUUAAGAUCAAGAAAACCACCCAACUAAAAAAACUCAAGCAAGCAUACUGCGAUCGCCAGGGCGUACCUCUUAAUUCACUUCGGUUUCUUUUCGAUGGCCAGAGAAUAAACGAUGAUCAAACUCCAAAAGAUCUCGAAAUGGAAGACGACGAUGUAAUCGAAGUUUACCAGGAACAGACGGGAGGGCGAUGAAUUUUAUCCAAAGCUUAACAGUAACAUCCAUAUAAGUUUGUUUUGUUCUCCUGCAGCUCAAAGGAUAUCAUAUUUCGACUUUUGUUCAAUAGACAGGGUUCAUUCUGAAUAACCAAAAGGUUGCUUUUUAUGAAUGGGACUUUAUGCAUAAACCAGCAUUUUAUAUGUCAACCACUAAUAUGCAUAAGGGACUUGUUCUGAUUAGUUUUGUUUCUUUUUGUUGUGAAUAGUUUCAGACAUUUUUUCCACUUCCAUUUAUUUAGAAUUGUCCUUUUAUAAUUUGUUAGUUAAGUGUGCAGUGCGUCUUUAUAAAAUCAACAGCUUAGAAUCAUUAAAGUUGUUCUUUCAAUUA